GCAGCCUACGCCCUUGCAAAAGGGACCAAGUACGCGCUGGCCUGUACGAGAAUAAUUCGCCCAACGAAAGGGAUGCACGGAAGGCUGAUGAAGCGACUGUUCGAGGGGGUAAUAGUCCCAAAGAUGCUGUACACAGCAGACGUGUGGUGCUCAGGCCUCGUGGCCAAGGGGAGAGGAAAACAAAGGGGAGGCAAAGGAGCGCGAGGAUUCACAUUGCAAAUGUCAAGGGUCCAGCGAAUGGCCACUCUCCUAAUAACUGGUGGACUAAGAUCAUCUUCUAAUGAUAUGCUGGAUGCACACACUAACGUCCUUCCA